AUGCUCGAUGCACUCAAGUUCUUCCUGUUCGUCAUCCUACUGCUGGUGACAAUCAUGCUCAAUCAACACGUCACGUCCAAACGUUCCGCCGAGCUUGAUCUCGAGCUGCUGUGGCAGAUACAGGAUACGAAGGCAUUGUACGUCGUACCGAAUCAAACGUUGCCGUCCGGCGUGUAUACGGCGCUGGAGCAGAGCAUGGUGAUAGGUUCACUGUUGGAGGAGUACAACGAUGUCAACACGAGCUGGGUAGGCGAGGAGGAUUGGAUCUACCGGACAAACCUAUCGUGUCUCGCAGAGGAGUAUCAGUACGUUUUGCUAACGUUUCACGGCGUGGACACAUUCGCUAGUGUGUACCUUGGUGAAAGACUUCUCGGCACUACCGAGAACAUGUUCGUCCGGUACCGGUACGACGUGAAGGAUCUAUGUGACGGAGAAACGAAGGAACUACGGCUUCAGUUCCGGUCGCCGGUCGUUGAAGCGCGUGAACGUGCCAAGGGUCGUGCACUGCCGAUUCUACCGACCUGUCCACCGAGCAUGUACCAUGGCCAAUGUCACGUGAAUCUGAUCCGCAAGAUGCAAGCCAGUUUCGCUUGGGACUGGGGUCUGGCGGCACCAUCGAUGGGUAUUUGGAAGCCGGUCCGUCUGGAGUACUACAGCUCGGCACUGAUCCGCGAUUUAACGGUGAACAUCAGCGAACAUCCGAAUACGGAUUGGACGGUGGAAGUAGGUGUGCAUAUCGAGACGGGACUCAGCAGCGUUCAACUCAACGGUCUGCUGUCGUUCAAGAUCAUUGGUGUACCGCUGGUAAAUGAAGGUGAGGAAACGUUGGCGGUUAUACAGCAAACCGACGAACAUGGAGAGCUGCUGGUGUUGCAUCAGUUAACCGUGCGCAAGGAUGCGGUGGAACGUUGGUGGCCGAACGGGUUCGGCAAACAGGCACUGUACAGCCUGUACGUGCGCUGGGAGGAUAAGACCGUGAAUGGUGUGAAGGCACUGAACCCGGACACAAUGAUCUCGGAAAAGGUGAUCCGUAUCGGGUUCCGGACGGUGGAGCUAAUGCAGGAUAUAAAAUCCGACGGAUUGAUGUUCUACUUCAAGGUUAACAAUGUGCCGAUCUUUGCCAAGGGUUCGAACUGGAUUCCCUCCUCGGUGCUACCGGAGCGUUCGUACGACGUCAACUAUGUGAAGUUCCUGCUGUACGCCGCUCGGGACGCACACAUGAAUAUGCUGCGCGUAUGGGGCGGUGGACUGUACGAGAGUGACCACUUCUACCGGAUGGCGGACGAGCUUGGUAUACUCAUCUGGCACGAUCUCAUGUUCGCCUGCUCGAUGUACCCGACCGAUGCAGACUUUCUGCGCACGGUCAAGGACGAGGUGCGGCAGAACGUGCGCCGCAUCCAGCACCAUCCGAGCGUUGCGGUGUGGGCAACGAACAACGAGAACGAGGUCGCGCUGCGGCAGGACUGGUACAAAACGAAAGCCAACUACUCCGCCUACUUAGACCAGUACGUCGAGCUGUACGUGCGUACGGUUUUGCCGACGGUAGAGCAGAACGAUCGAUGGCGCACGGUGCUGCUUUCUUCACCGUCGAACGGUAAACAGUCGAUGAAGGAGCCAUACAUCGCCGAAAACCCACAGGACCCACUGUAUGGCGAUGUGCAUUACUACAAUUACUUCCUGGAUGGUUGGAAUGCGGCACAGUAUCGGGGCGGACGGUUCGUAUCGGAGUACGGCUUUCAAUCGUUUCCCGCCUUCACCAGCUGGCCAGAAGCGCGCAGUUACGGCCCUGCCGAGCUGUCAAAGCUGAUCAACCAUCGCCAGCAUAGCCCGAACGGUAACCUGCCAAUUCUCGAGAUGAUCCGGUACAAUUUACCGCUGCCAACCGAUACGUCCACCGGAGAGUACUGGCCGGAACUGAUCUACCUCAGCCAGCUGUCCCAGGCGAUGAUCGUGAAGACGGAAACGGAGGUGUACCGUGCGCGCCGGCUCGAACACGGCACGAUGGGUGCGCUCUACUGGCAGCUGAACGACGUCUGGAUUGCACCGUCCUGGUCGUCGAUCGAGUACGGCGGCACGUUUAAGCUGCUGCACGUGUGGCUCCGGGACAUCUUCGCACCGGUGCAUCUGAUCGCGUUCGUGAACGAGCGCCGCUUGCUGGAGGUGGUCGCCGUCCGGGAUACACUAGCGCCCGCCGCCGAGCAGUGGGAUGUGGAGAUGCGCAUCCAUCGGUACGGCAGCUUCCGGCCAGUCGACCGCCAUUACGAGAGUGUCCGUGUACCGGCAAACUCGGUCGCGCUCGUUACCCGGUGGGACGUGUACGGGUAUCUUGCCAAGCGCGGUCUACAUCCCGCCGACCAUCUCGUGCUGCUGUACGCGUACCGUAACGUAACGGGCCAGCCGGGCAGCCACCAGCAGCCGACGAUACCGAAACCGAUCGCGGAAAACUUUGCCCUGCUCGAUAAGCUGAAGAACAUGCGGAAGGAGCAGCGGGUGCGGCCGACGAUCGCGGUGACGGUCGUGUCGUCAGUGUGCAACGAAGGGAACAAUCGGACGAGCGUUAGCCUGGAGGUGUCGGUCAGUGUGCCGGCACUGUUCGUCUACCUGCAGCUGACGCCGGAAAACAGCACGCUCAAGCAGUGUCAGUUUUCGCACAAUGGUUUCUUACAGUUUCAGCCAAUACGCACGGUGAAGUUGACGUGUGUCGACCCGGGCUGCCGCAAUAAGAUCCAGUCGCGGGACAUAACAGUCCGAACGGUGAAUGAGCUGCUGGUGCGCUGA